AUUAAUACAAAACGUAAGUUAUCGAUUUCUAUACAACACCUGAGUGAUCAUCGAAGUUGCAGCGUAUUGUUUUUGUAUUUUUGUGUCAUCAAAUUCUUCAACAUGUCUCACCAGCCACCUCACGGUCCCCCUCCCCCGUACGGGUACCCCACCCCGCCUGGCGUCGCCUACGUGCCCGCGCCCGUGAUGAUGCCGGUGUAUCCGCCCGCGCCCGCGCCGCCCCCGCCGCAGCCCACCUACGUCACCAACUACUACUACCCGCCGGAGCAUGCGCAGCCGCAGCCGCAGCCAAUGCCAAUGCCUGUUGAACGUCCACUACAACGACCGUUCUCGUAUUCGAAAAUCGAAAAAGCGGCUCGCGCUCUCUGCGCAGCACAAAGAAAAUUUACGAAACCUGAUGUUGACUGGGUGAGUGCGACGACAGCGACAGCCGCCUCAUACAGUGGUAGAGCAUACGUGGCUGGCAGGGAAGGCUGGGACGGCAGCCCACUUUGGGUCAUCAGAGCCCAUCACAACGGCGAAUUCAUCCCGGGGAAACUGGCCCCCAGACACAAGGCAGCGUAUGUCGCUCAUGCUGGGAAGGAGGUCCCAGUUCACAGUUUUGAAAUUCUCCUAGCCAAACCGUACGCUGUACACUGGGUGGCCAGCAACUACGGCCAGGUUCCUCCGGGCGCGAUCGCUGCUGGCAACACUCACGCUGGCGAACCGUUGUACAUCGCGAGAGUUAGCCACCAGAACUCCAUCACACCAGGGAAGGUCCACCCUAGCCACCAAUGUGCCUACAUCUCCUUCAGCGGCAGCGAACUCUCCUUCAAACACUAUGACGUCCUCUGCAAGACCUUGCCAGAUACUUCUAUGCUACGCUAAUCUAUUUUUGUAAAUUUUUACACCUCCUUUAUUGUAAAUAUCAAAUUGCAUUAAACUUUUGUUUAAUA